UAUAUAUCUCAAGACUCUUUCAAAGUGAGCGGUACUCUCCUCCUGCACAUACGAUCAAAUCAUCACAAUGGCGCUCGCACCCAAAUUCGCCGGCCAAAAGCUCGUAGCAGCAGCCAACCCGGAAACACUCCACACGCUCGAGCUGUUCCUCGACUAUGUCUGCCCUUUCAGCAAGAAGAUGUUCGAUACAGUAUACGACAACGUGUAUCCAGUGAUCAAGAAGAAAUACCCCGGCAAGGUCCAGCUCAUCUUCCGUCAAGUGAUCCAGCCAUGGCACCCAUCAUCGACACUCGUCCACGAGGCUGGAGUUGCCGUGCUACAGACCCAACCGGAUAAGUUCUGGGCCUUCAGCAAAGCGCUGUUUGACAAGCAGACGGAGUACUUCGAUGCGAAUGUUGUCCAUGAGCCUCGCAACAAGACUUAUGAGAGACUCGCGAAGUUGGCUGGCGGUGUCGGGCUCGAUGACAAGAAGAUUUACAGUCUGUUGGAGAUUUCUGAUAAGCCGGAUAAGGAUGGCGGGCUCAACGGUGGGAAUAAGGUGACCAAUGAUCUGAAGUUGUUGGUGAAGGCUGCUCGUCUGCAGGGCGUCCACGUUACACCGACUGUACUCUUCAACGGAAUCGUGGAGAACGGCAUUGAGAGCAGUUUCAGCAAGGACGACUGGGAAGCAUGGCUGGCAAAGAACAUUGUGUGA